GUGACGCGCGGUCGCCCACUUUCCGGAAGUAGGAAGUGUCUCGCGCUGUUCUGCCAAACAUCCGCUACGACAAGGUGUCUCGCAGCACCAAAGCUGAUUCCUAGAAUUUCCUACUCCUCGUUCCACGUCGCUGUCCUGUUCGCCGCCUUUCCUGUAGCCAUGUGGCGUACGAAAUGCCUGCUUGUCGCGCAGACUGCCUGGACGUUCUGGAUCCUGCUCGGCGAUGCGGACGGCAGCGAUAACGACACCAUCUCGGCCAUGACCAAAGUUCCGAGGGCGGAGAACGGCACGAACACGAACCAAAGAAGCUUAAUUCCGGACAUCGACAGCUCGAUGAUACAGCGGGCCCUCUACGUGCUUACAGGCAUCACGCUUAUCGGCCUGCUUUACUUCCUCGUGAGGGCGGUCCGGGUGAAGAAAACUUCAACCCGCCGGAAGAAGUAUGGCCUUCUUUCGAAUUACGAUGACAACAUGGAGCUUGCACACCUGGAGAGUGAUGAGGAGGACAUGACAGUUUACGAGGCCAAAGCUCUGAGAAGAUGAUUUGUGCCGUUAAAAGGUGAAGUUGCUCAGAAGACUGGAAAGCCAUGAAAACAUUCCCUGGUUUCCUUGUCCAACACAAAUGCCGGAUUUUGAGAUUCCCUCCAUCUUCCGGCCCAUAACUGAAGAAAAUUGCUGAUAUUUUUUCUAUAAUCAACUUUAACAUGCAUGCCACACCGGCUGGGGUGUGGAGGUCGUGGUGACUCUUUGCUGCAGCCUACAUGAUUCUUCAGGUGCUGCAAGCUAAUGGGGGACUUCGGAGUUUGUUUCCUGUGCCAAAGCUGCUGCGUUGAACAUGUGUGCCGAUUCAUCUGAAGCUCUGGAAGAGGGCAGCCCUUGCAGUAUCUCAUGGCCUUAAAAUUCUCUGUUUUGACAUUAUACUCUUGCCUACUUUGAUUUGUUUUGCCCUUGAAAUCAUGGAGAGGUGUUUUCUGUAUUCUUGUCUUUUCUCUUGGCAUGCCUGUGUGUGUAGCUGAUGCUGGGUUUGAUCCUUUUUUUUUUUUCUUUUUUUUUCUUUUCAUACUGAUGAUCUCCUGAACACACUGCUCAGGCCGAGAGAGCUCCUUAUACUGCUAUGCCGAGCAGCUGUCUUGGUGUUCAGCCUCCCUGUUUUUCUCUGUAGGUCUGAAAGCUGUAACAGAACAAGAAAAAAAAAUGGAUUUUCAGAGUUUGAAACACAAAACGGCUCAGGCUCCCCUCAGCUCCUUGUGCAUGAUUCCCCUUUUUGAAGUAACACGCACACCCUCCCACACACACACACACACACACACACUUUUUUGGCCCACUGCCUGAUCACUGACUCUCACUGAAAGCGUUUUGCGCCGGUCCCCACAUUUAUGCUGUAGUUAAGUUUUGGUUCUCCACUCACUUCACCAGCUUAACCUUUCGGGUUACCUGUUCUAAACAAUGUAGCUGGUUAUCUGCAGUGGUGCUGGGUAGCUGAUGAGGGGGAGCUCUGUUGGGGCCCUUAACCGUGUGACUUUCUGCAAGUCUGCAGCUAGAAGUGAGCAGUAACAUCGGCAUAGCCGUUUGAUUAGAUUAAGAAUGCACUUCCCUUUCCAUGUUGACAAGAGACAACUGGCAUUUUCCAUUCUCCAAAUGCAGGGGGCUGACCCUUAAACAGGCUCUGGGAUCCAGUGUCAAUGAUAUGAACCCCUGUCCUCCACCCUGGUAAACAACCUCUGCAGUGCACACAAUCCUGUGGGAAACAGUGGUGUUUGACACUGCCAUCCACACUGUUAAUUGGAUUAUUUGUUAUUACGGGUGCCUCAUCUCGGGGUGGAGGUUCGCCUGUAAUUUUAAUUAGGUGUGACUGUCCCACGGCACUGGAGGUGACUGCUGAAGAAGCUGCCAGGCGAGGCAUGGCCUCUGGAACCCCCGACCAUCCCUGAAGGCAUCUGCCUGGCUGCCUGCCUGCUCUGGGAGAACCGCGAGCUCACAGACAGGGUUUUGGCUCACAGCCUCACUGCAAGACAAACGAUCAGGAUGCAGUGGUGUCUGGCUGCGUCUCUCGGCAGAGUUUUGUAGUACAGUUACGAUGUCCAUUGACUCCACACGUGCCUUUAUUUUAUGUUUACAAAGUGGCACUGAGUGCAAAGAUGGUGUUUUCGUCGGGGAUUGUGGGUCCGGUAGCCGGAUCUGAUUCAGAGUCGUGGUCUUCGCUUGGGGGUCUCACCUUGGGCUGCGGAUAUAACAUGGACUUGACUUGCAAGUUCCGCUGGACGGCCAUUUCUGGGUGUUUCCUCACCCACAUUUAGUGUUGCUCUUCAUGUUUUUUUAGGAGGAUAUAAACACUUUCUUCUCUGCCUCCCUGGGCUUGUGUCUUAUUGGUUACAAUUUAAUUUAAAUGGUAUUUGAGUGAAUUGCUGUAUCUCAUGUGCCAAUAUACAAUUGUCAGUAUAACAUAAAUGAAUGGUGUAAAAUCAUCCAUUUUGUAUUUUGCUUGACAGAAGUGAACAAGUAUCUAAUGUAAAAUUAUGCCAAAUGUUUGUGUGAUGUUUGAUUUGGACACGGAAUAGGACUAUUCCAGUUGCACCUUUUAACCAUGAUGUCACAUUCCGUCAGAUCAUUUGUGGAUUAAAAAAAAACAUAUCAUGUGUAACUUUGCACAAUGGGGCCAAAUGUAUUUUGCUUUGAUUAAGAAUGUCUGGAUUUCUUUGGAAAGUGCUAUGUUUUUGGACUCUCAGGGGCUGUGCCUCUCACCAUGAACACCUUUGGGUGACACUGUCUUGUGCUUAAUGCAUCUUGUUCUUUCUCUCUUUUCUAAUAAAAUGUAAGCCGUGUU